GGUACUCCAUCUCCCAGUAGAGAUCUGAUCUGAACUCCUCUGUUUCCCUCUCUAUAACUUCCUACCAACUUCCAAAAUCUCAAUCAGAAAUCAAAAAGGGUUUUCAACUUUGAAUCGGAUUUUGAAAAUUCAAUUCAAUUGUAAUCAAAUUCCGAUUCAGAAAAUUUUGAACCCAAUGGCUGUAAGGAGACCAGGUUUGAUUGCUUUGUUUGAUGUUGAUGGCACACUUACAGCUCCAAGAAAGGAAGUGACUCCAAAGAUGUUAGAAUUCAUGAGAAAUCUAAGAAAGGAAAUUACUGUUGGUGUUGUCGGGGGAUCUGAUCUUGUUAAGAUUACAGAACAACUUGGGAAAUCAGUUCUAAUGGAUUACGAUUAUGUGUUCUCUGAGAAUGGUCUUGUUGCUCACAAAGAUGGGAAAUUGAUUGGCACCGAGAGCUUGAAAUCGUUCAUUGCAAAUGAUCAACUCAAGGAAUUUAUCAAUUUUACACUGCAUUAUAUUGCUGAUUUGGAUAUCCCAAUUAAAAGGGGAACAUUUAUGGAAUUCAGAAGUGGGAUGAUUAAUGUAUCACCAAUUGGACGAAAUUGUAGUCAAGAAGAAAGAGAUGACUUCGAGAAGUAUGACAAGAUUCACAAUGUUCGACCAAAAAUGGUUUCUGUGCUUCGAGAGAAGUUUGCUCACCUCAAUCUGACAUUUUCCAUCGGAGGACAGAUAAGUUUUGAUGUUUUUCCUCAAGGUUGGGACAAGACCUACUGUUUGAGGUACCUAGAGGAGUUUCAAGAAAUUCACUUCUUUGGAGACAAAACUUACAAGGGAGGAAAUGAUCACGAGAUAUAUGAGUCAGAGCGAACAGUGGGUCACACAGUCACCAGUCCUGACGAAACAGCAGAGCAGUGCACAUCGCUCUUUCUUGCCAAGCAGGCUUGAGGUCUCUAAAGGAGCGCAAAGUGUCAUAUGAUGUGAAAUCUACACUGCUGCAAUAAGCCGUUUGCGAAAAUUCAUGUUUGAGCAACCAUAUUUCUCAAAAUUUACCUUGUAUUUUCCGCUUUCAUUGGUUAGAGCAAUCUCUUUAUGGAAAGUGUUCUUUAUUUUAUUUCGAAGACUGGAAUUUCUACUUCGCGGUAUAAGUUAUUGGAAAGUCUUGCAGUUUCAUCUUAUUGCAUCUUCUGAAUAAUCCUAAAUAUGAAAUCUCAUAAUGGAAUCUCAUAUUUAUUUCAG